AUGCGCAAGGAUGUCCAAGAACUGGGCCACCGCACGACGCACGUGGAAUCCAAGAUGGAUGAAUUUGCAUCGGCGCACAAUGAUCUAGCCGAUCAUUUAGAGAGCCUGGCGGACAAACUAGCGCUCAUAGAACAAAAGCUAGCUGACCUCAAAGAUCGAGCGUGGCAAAAUAACCUCAGACUGAGAGGGGUGCCGGUAUCUAUAGUGUCAGCGGACUUACCUGCAUACGUAUGGGGCCUGCUUCAUGCAUAUGCUCCUGAGGUUCCUGCUGACAUGCUGCUGGUGCACCUCUUUGCGGAUCUUUCCGCUGCUACACUUCGCAGGAGAAGAGAUUUUGCACCUAUUACGGAGGCCCUAAGGGCAAAUUGA